AUGCAGCAGAUAGACCGCGUGGCUCGGCGGCAGGAUCAGCACCCCCGGAUCGUCCCGGGUCACCCUGCCCCUCCACCUCAGAAGGCAUUAGGAUUGUCCAGGCGGGAGGAGGAGGAAGAGGAGGAGGAGGGUCCGUGUGGGUCCUCCUCUCCUCACCUCCUCUCCUCUCCUCUCCUCCGGGCGCUCACAGCCUCCGUCUCCGUCGCUCGCUGCAUCUCUGAGCGGCUGCUGAAGGACUUCUGGUCGGGGAACAGACAGAAGGAUCGACCUGCACCUGUGUGGAGGCUCCGCGAGGACACGAAGAACCGCUUCUGCAAGUCUGACCGACAGCUGAUGCUGAGGAAAAUGAAAGGUCUCCGUGGCUUCCAGCCCUCCCCCGGCUGCUCCUCGCUUCCUGUCAGACUCUGUCCGUCAGGGGGGUUCGGGUUGCCCCUGGAGAUGGGCAGACCGAGUCAUUCGAGACUGGAUGUGCUUCUACCAGUGCCGCUGUGUGCCAUCUGUCUCCUUGUCCUGCCGUCGUCCUCUACCCCCCACCACGAGUCAGAUGAUUCGAAGCUUCUCCAGGUGACCAUUCCCACCACCCCGCCCGUCUUUGCCGUGCUGGGCGGCUCUCUGACGUUACCCUGCCUGGUGUCUCUGGCCCACCCGCCGCCGUCCCCGUCCACCAACGGCCGCCACGCCGUGCUGUCUCUGCCCCGGGUCAAAUGGAGCGUUCUGACUCACGGCCGAGAGACGGAGAUCGUGGUGGCCCGCGGCGACAGGGUGAGAGUCAGUGAGGCCUACAAAGACCGAGCCUCGCUGCUCAAUUACGCCUACUCCCCCGCCGACCUCACCCUGCGGCUGGAGGGCCUGAGGCAGAACGACACCGGCUUCUACCGCUGCGAGGUGCAGCAGGGCCUGGAGGACGCUGACGACGUGGCUCAGGUGAAGGUCAAAGGGGUGGUGUUCCAUUAUCGUGAUGCAUCCAGCCGGUACGCCUUUACCUUUGAGCGGGCCAGAGAGGCCUGCGAGGAGAUCGGGGCUGAAAUUGCCACUCCAGAGCAGCUAUUGGCCGCCUACCAGAGUGGGUACGAGCAGUGUGAUGCAGGCUGGCUCUCAGACCGCUCAGUGAGAUAUCCCAUCCAGAUGCCGAGAGAGGGCUGCUUUGGGGACAUGGAUGGAUUGCCGGGAGUGAGGAACUAUGGGCUGUUGGAGCCCGAUGAGCUCUAUGACGUCUACUGUUAUGUGGAGAAUAUCAACGGUGAAGUGUUCCAUGGCUCCGCCCCCCAGCGUUUCACCUUCUGGGAGGCCAAAGCUUACUGUCUGAGUCAUGGUGCCGAGCUGACCACCACAGCUCAGCUGUACGCAGCCUGGAAUGAUGGACUGAACCACUGCAGUCCGGGGUGGCUGGCAGACGGGAGUGUGCGCUACCCCAUCGUCACCCCCAGAGAGCGCUGUGGAGGCGGGGAGCCCGGGGUCAGAACUGUCUAUCGCUACAGCAACCAGACCGGCUUCCCAGAGAUUCACACCCGACAUGACGUCUACUGCUUCAGAAGCGAUAACGGCCCUUACACAGAGUCCCCUCAGGAUUUUCUUGCCACUGAGCCAGAGGACAUUGGCCAGGACAUUGUUUUCUUAACUAAUCCCUCAGAGGAGGAGUUGAGCCUGAGCGAGGUGACGGCAAGGGGGGGCGACGAGGUCCACCUUGCCCAGACGGCCAAUCCUGUGAAGCAGGGCCCAGUGGAGGCUCAGUCCCCGACAUUGGGUUAUGACAAAGAACCAUUGCUGACUGUAGACCUUCAUCAGUCUGUUACUCCUCCAUCUGAGCAUCAAGGGCACGAAUCCACAGUAGAUACCUUGGAGUUAAUAGAGAAGGCCAGCUAUCCAGAGUCCUACCAGCCAGCACCUGAAGAAAACCCAGACGAAGAUCAUGAAUCUCACACACUUCCAACAACUUCUCCAAAGGCUGAUGGUGUACUAACUGUUGGUGAGGGCUCCACUCUACCCACAACUGAUGGAACAACUUCAGAGAGCGAGGAGACCUCAGCGCAUCUCAUUUCUGUGACUGAAAGCUUGGAUACGCCAGGUCUCAGUGAGCUCCUCAGCAGCUCUCCAGAGGUUCCUCAGGAGGGCGACCUUCCCGUUUCACAAGAGGACCACACUCCGGAUGUCCACCCAGACCACGCCUCUGAAACUGAGCUCAUCUACUCGAGCACCUCUCCUGAUGAUUCAGGACAGCCAGAAGAGGCCAGCGCUGGUACUGUUGAGGAGAUAUCAGCGCUGACUGCUUCCCCCCACACUGAGGGAGCAGAUGUUCACUCCACCACCCCGUUACCGUCUUUUGACAACAGUACGCCUGAGAGCCAUCCAACAGGAGAGCAGUCUGGAGAGGAGACCGCAAAUCCUCUUUUAGAUGAGGAAACACAAAACUCGGUCACCCAAAGUUUGGUUGGUAUGGACCCCCCUGCCACCUCUGAACUGGUCCAUACACCUGAUGCAGGUUAUGAUCCCGCUCGAGAGCACCUCGGUGUAACUGUGCAGUCGUCCAUCGCAGUCGGUCGUGGUGAUGAUGAACCCAAUAGCGCCUCAGAGGACGUGGAGCCGGACGAUCCGACCGAGCAGAGUGGACACAUCCAUCCUGCCGAAAUCCCAACAGCAGAGGUCACCACAGUCACACACGGCUCAGACUCCAGUAACGACCUUCCUGUCCUAAACAGUGAUUCAGUCAGCUUGGUGACAUCCCCUGUACCUGUAACCCCGUCUGUGGAGGUUGAAGCCAGCUCCCCAGAGAUUAUAACCUUCCUACCUGAAAGCAAUGCUUCAUCUGGGGCCGAACCUCUGGAGGACAUCCAGGACAAACUUGAGCAGGAGGGAUUAGGAGGAGGCCCUGAAAUUUUCCUCAGCACAACCCAAAAUAUCACAGACACUGAUCUGGAGGAGAGGGAACAACAUGCUGGAGAGGGAUCGGGUGAAUCGUCCGGAGAAAGCCCAGAGGUGAAACCAGACCUCCUGUUAACAAAUCCAACUCUUUCAACAGACCACAGCUCUGAGGGAGGUGACACCGAGGCUGGCACUGACACACCUCCUCCAUCUGAUGUGAAAGUCACUCUGAUCCCUCGUCAUCUGACCCUCACACCCGGCUGGGAACCGGAACCCUCGUCCUCGGCGCCGCAGGAGUCUCGCUCCGAUCGGGAAUACAGCGCCGAGCCUCCCGUCACCGAUGAAUCUGAUGAUGUCUCUAAGGAGCAGGAGGCCAUGGUUCAGAUCACCACCAGCAGCAUCCAUGAUCACGGAUCAGAAGGAGGUGAAGGGGAGACCAGCACAGACGAGCCUUCGGUUAAAAUCUGCACGUGGCAUCCGGAAGAGGAGGAAACCGGCGGUCUGACGCUCGCCAGCAACGGCCGUGAUGUGGCCAUCACCGCUCCCACCGCGGUCCCAGAGUACUUUCAGAAAGGCGGCGAGGAGCAGGCCGCCAUGGCUGCCUCGCUGCCUGCUGCCAAAGUGUCUGCUGCACGGCAGGGAGGCAUUCCAGACUCCUGCCUGGACAACCCUUGUGUGAAUGGAGGUACUUGCGUCGACGGUGGAUCAACGAGGUGCCUUUGCUUGCCUGGUUAUGGAGGAGACUUGUGCCAGACAGACCUGGAGGCGUGCGAGCCCGGCUGGGAGAAGUUUCAGGGCUUCUGUUAUCGUCACUUUACCAAGAGGCAGAGCUGGGAGGCGGCCGAGCAGCACUGUCGCAUGUGUGGUGGACAUCUCCUGUCUGUCAUGACCCCCGAGGAGCAGGACUACAUCAACGACAAAUACAGAGAGUAUCAGUGGAUUGGACUAAAUGACAGAACCAUUGAGGGAGACUUCCGCUGGUCAGACGGGAACCCUCUGCUCUAUGAGAACUGGUACAGAGGCCAACCCGACAGCUACUUCCUGUCCGGUGAGGACUGUGCGGUGAUGGUGUGGCACGACGGCGGCCGCUGGAGCGAUGUACCGUGCAACUACCACCUGUCCUACACCUGCAAGAAGGGCUUCUCUUCCUGCGGCGAACCCCCCAAGGUUCCAAACACCAAGGUGUUCGGGAAGAAGCGGCCGCGCUAUGAGACCAACACCAAGGUGCGGUACUACUGUGAGGAGGGUUUUGUGCAGAAACUGAAUCCUGUAAUCAAGUGUCUGCCCGGCGGCCAAUGGGAGGAGCCGCUGAUUACCUGCAUGCCAACUCAUUCGAUGGAAGAAGACUCAGUUACCUCCCUGCCUUACCAGCAGGAGGCGGCGGUGGAGGCGAUGGAGGUGAUGGAGGUCGCGGGCACAGCCACGGAGAAGGCAGCGCCGCUGUUCUGGGACAUUAAGUGGAACGUCUAAAGCCAUCCUGCCGUUUUCUGUUUCAAACAGUGUUCCACCUCUUCUGUUCCCCCUUCUCUUGUCUUCCAGUCCGACUUCAGCACGUAGGUAAACUGUAGAAAUCUUCUCUCGAUCAAUAA